AGUAACAGAUAUGAGGAUCGACGGCUUUGCCAGGUAUUUGGGGGAAAUGAGCCUGUGUUUAGUCUGAAGGCGUCCCUCCACAUAACUGGGGAUCCAGGGGGAGUGUGGAGAGGGGGGGGGGGGCAGGACCACAACUCGGGCACCACCCAGGAAGAGGAGGAGCGAGGGAGCAGCUGAGGAGGAACAAUCAUCAAGUUGUUGGUAGCAAGUGAGACCAGACCUUCAGAUGAAGAGCCUUCAGUUCCGGAGCAUUGCCCCUAAGGCUCCGGCCGUGGUGCCCUCCCCCUCCCCUGCGGUCCUGUCCUGCCAGCCUCCCUCUGCCCUCCCCGAAGCUACCACCGGCUCCAGCCCUAAGUCAAUAAUUGUACCCACCCAAAACUAUGCACUGAUGCAAAUAGCAGGUCAGGAUGGCACAUUCUCCCUGGUGGCACUGCCCCCUUCUGUCUCCUCUCAGACACCACAGCAGCAACAGCAACAAACCCAAUCAGUUCAAAAGAACCUCAAACUGCCCAUUCCCAGAUACCAGCCAGUGAGGAGUAAGGGGACCACAGAUAAGAUAAAAUCACCACUGACAGUUGCUAAGAUGAAAACGGCCGCCAUGGCUACUGUUACAUUGCAGGCUAAGGUGGCGGUGGGUGGGGUAUCAUCAGGGAUGAAUAUAAAACAGGAGUCCAAGCACACAAAGGAAACCCUAAUGCCCAAAGAGGAACCUUCAGAGCAGGUAAUUCUGAUUGACCCAAGCUCCUCUGACAUCUCCGUCACAGCACUGCUCCCAGAUAAUGCUGUCCUGUAUCCCAGCUCUCAAUUGGAGCGAGCACCAGAUGGUCCUGAACGACCUGCGACAACUGGUCUUAUUCAGAACCUUCAGUAUCCUCCUAUUGCUGUCAAAAGCUCCCUGGGCAAAUCCUUAGAGGAAAGUAAGACCACAUUGAGGCUGUGCCAAUCUAAACCCACUGCACCCCAGCCCCAGAGCAGCAUCACUGUUCUGUCUCCAGCCAUCUACAGCAAAGCAGUCCAGAUUAUACCGUCCCCACCUAAGGGUAAACUUCCUAUUUUGCCAUACGCUAAAAUAAAGAGUGCCCUCAUCCCAGCUGCCAAGCUCAGCAAUUUGUCCCCUGAAAAGAAGGGUUUCUCUUUACAGUCAGGGCACACCAGCCCCAUAGAUCCUACACCCAAGACCCUAGAGCCAGCUGUAGCCUUGAGUCACAACCACGGGUCAGACUGUGAUCUACAGACCCAGGCAAAAAACACUUUCAUGCCUGUGUUGGGGAUCCUCCAGAAACCACCUGGCAAGAAGCGAGGGAGGAAGAGAAAGACAAUUGAAGACAUCUUGGCAUUUGAGGCCCGAAAGAAAAGGUCCUUGUCGUUCUUCCGUAGAAGGGUCCCAGAGAAACCUCAAGCAGGUUUUCAAGGCUCCAAACAAAAAGAGGUUGAUAUUUCAAAGAAGUACCGGAGCAUCCGACCCAAGCCACUGUUGGUUAUGGAAACAGUUCCCCAACUUGUUAGUUUGCCUGCAAUUGCCUCAGAUGGCCAGGAACAGGAGCUAAUACUUGGUCACCAGUUUCCCACCACCACCACAACCAAAGCCCUUGACUAUCCUCCACAACCAGCCCCAGUAGCCCUCCAUCUAAGAGCUGCUUCCCAUGCUAGAGUGUUCAUAGGCAGCCGACCACUCCACCGUUGUCCUACUUGCAGCCGCUGUUUCCAGUUCAAGCACCACCUCCAGAGCCACAUCAACAGUCACACCAACAGUCGACCCUAUGUCUGUCCAGUAUGUCGCAAAGCCUACGCUCACUCUGGCAGCUUGAGUACUCAUAUGAAGCUUCAUCACACUGAGGUGCGUCCUCGUCGGUCUCUGAGUUGUGAAUUCUGCGAGAAGGCCUUUGGAUAUGUGGGGGUGUACUUCAGUCAUCUCAAAGAGGUCCACAAGGUGGUACUGACUGUGGAGCCAUCCAUCAGCCACCAUGAAGAUGACAUGUCUGUUGAGGGGACUCACUCCCAAGUUCGAUCUGAUGGGCAGGACCGUGAAGACCCUGUUGAGUUGCAGAUCAAAUGUGGUCGCUGUCAGGCGAUCACUCCUACCUUUGCUGACAUGAAGAUGCACCUGCUUUAUGUGCACAGAGAAGAGGUCAAGGUCCGACUCAAUGAUGGGCAAUCUGUGCGGGGUUGCCGUGAGGCUGAGAAUGAACUGGUAAAGCAUGCUGCCCACUACUGGCGGCAACUCAACGAGAAACGCAACCUGGUUAAGUGCGGCAAUUGUGACGAGGAGUUUAUCUCUUUCUCCAAACUUAAGAGGCACAUCAUGUCCCACCACCGUGAAAGAGAGGGCGAGGAUAGUGGGGCUAUCUCAUCACCAGACAGAGGUGGAGGACUUGGUGUCCUUGCAGCAGGUGCAGCCUUCAACUGUGUGCUCUGCAGUGAAGUGUUGGACAGUAAAGAGGAGGUGAUGGAGCACUGGAGGAGUUGCCACCACUGUGAGCAACCUAGCCUGCUUUGGGGUGCCCUGAGCUCCUACUCUGGCCAGGGAGAAUGUGAGGCGGAUGGGGAUUUGAACACUCCUGCUCCAAGCCCACACUAGCCAGCUGAGCCCUGGGAUGGGCAUGGAGCCCUCCACCAUGGCUCCUCCUCACACACACUUGGUCCUAACAAUCAACAGCACAGGGAUAAAGAGUCUCUCUUAUGAUUUUCAGCACCAGAUUCAUCUUUCACCAGCUGAGGCAUCUGAUUUAGUCGAAAGGAGGAAGAAAAAAAAUCAGGCCUGUGGUGAAAAUUUAUCUUGUGUUACAUUUCAUAAGAGAUGUUCUCUUUAAGCCAGAGAAUCCAAUUUUAUAAACAAUAUGUAUUUAAUAUCCUGUUCCAAAUUAGAUGACUAUUUUUUUCUACUGCUUAUUUAAAGGUUACUAAAAGGGUAAUUUAUAACCUAGCUGACACAGUAAAACUGUUCAAUGUUCAUUUCACCCAAACACUUCCUGAGGUAUUAGGCCAUGCUUUAGAUUUGGUUUCAUGUGCUCAGUAUUUCUCAUAUCUUUGCUGAGAUUUCUGGCUCCAAACGAAUGGAAAACUACAUAGUUCCUACAAGUUCCAAAAUAAUAUUUCUUUUGACAUUUUAUGUUUUUUUUAAAGAUGGUGAUAGUAGAGAGGCGAUAAGAAAAUGAAGGAGACAGAGAUACGGCUAAUGUCCUUGGUUAGAUUUAAACCAGAGAUGCAAUUCAUGACCCCUAAACAAGUUCUUUUCUUGGAGGAAAUAAGCUGUUCUCCUGUCGUUUUAAAUGCUGUGAUUUCCACAAACCAGAUUCCAAUAGAAUUCACUGUGUCGGAGUAUAUGGCAGGAAUCUCCGAGAUUGGCAUCUUUGUCCCUAACUGAAACUACCACACUGAUGUGCAAGGUUGAAUACCACUCUAGAAUAGUUUGGCAAUACAUGUAUAUCUUAGGAUAGAUAGGAUGGACUGAUCCAUUAAAAUACUGAAACACGUCAGCGAAAAACAAAUCAGUAUCUGAACAAUCCUAUGUGUAAUAUUCCUCCUGCAACAGAAAACCAACAUUUUGAGUCAAGACUUGAAGUUUCAGAGUCUGAAGAAGAGCAGUAUUAGGGUCCUCUGUCAACUCUGGCCCAUGAAGGAACACUUUCUUAACCAGCACCCGAGAGACAUCCUUGUGGCCUUCUGAAAAAAUAGUUCAUAUGUAUUGUGGCUUAUCAUCAGUAUGGUCCUCUGUAGGCCCAGUUUUAUCUGUUUGACUUGUUGAUUAAUGCCUAUAUGUGUAUUCUAUGAUAUGCCAAGGGUUUAUUCACACUAGUGAUUGUAGAAGUGAAGCUUGUUAACCACUGACGGAUUACUGUUAAUUUAGUAAGUACGCAAAGGAAACCAUCAAAUUGCCUACCUGUCGUUGCCAGCUCAUGUACGCACUUGUGGAACUGUGUGCACCCAGGCUCAAUUAUUAUAGUUAAUAUAAACCGUUGUCAAGUCCAGAAAAAUAUGCUAUUUUAUAUUAUAGAUUAAGUCAGAUCUUUUAGUAUAUUUAUGCUUGUGGUUGGCCCUUAAAGAACCAGCACUGAGACAUUGACUUCUUUGCUUCUUCUAAUUUGGGGUUGCUUAAUGUCUUGUUUCUCAGUGGGGAGGUAGGAAGUAGCUUGUGUGUGUUUAUCUUUCAUAUAAAGAAAAAAGUAUCACAGGGUCAAGUGAAUGUACCUGAAUGUUUUAAAAACCCUACCAAAAGUAUAUGCUAUAUAGACUUAUUCUAUAGAUAGAAUAUAUAGAUAUAUUGAGAAAAAAAACAUAUAUAUAUUUACAUAGAGUAACUAGUGAAUCAGCUGCUUUGUUCUGUCACAGUGGAGGAGGGAAGCAAGAGAUGAAUAUAUAUAAUUGCCAAACCAGGCAACAAAAGCCAUGCAGUGCUGUCCUUAUGUGUCUGACACAAAGCGUGGGACUGUAUAUGAAGGGCAAAGCACUGAUGUGUACGUGUCGCACUGAGUGGGGAAACUCCAGUUUACUGUACUACUGUUCAUUGAAUACCAUGGUGUUCAUCAGUGACCUGUCCUUUGUUUUCAUGACCUCAACCGAAACCAGAUGUGACAGAAUUAAGGUUCAGACUCUUCUUUCCUCAGUUAGUUGAGAGACUUACAUGACUGUCAGCACAAGACCGAAAGUGAAAAAAAAAAUCCCAGGUUUGGUGAUAAAUGUUUUUGGCUCAAUUGUUGACUGUGUCAAAAAAAAAAGAAAAGACUGAAAGUGUUUGUGUUUGUGAGUGUUUGUGUUCCUAAAGAACCUGAUGUUUAUCAGAAUAAAGAUAUGCUUUGUUGAA